AUGCUAGAUUAAAAGGGACCUCGUUAAAAGGAUUUGUAUAAGUCUUUAAAAACAAUAUACUAAAAUAAAUUUUAAUACAAAAUACAGUAUUUAUUUAAAAUAGAUGGUAUAAAAUAGGUAGAGAUUUAAAAUAAUUUUCUAUAGUAUAGUAUAAGUAGUUGUUGUUUAAGUUAUGUUUAACUUUCAAUUUAAAUGCUUUCAUUCAUCUUCUACUCAAUUGGUACCAAAGUAUCUGUCACCAAAGUCACCAAGACCAGGGGCAAUAUAUUUAGAGUCUUCUAAAAGCAAAGGAUCAAUAGAACCAGUAAUAAUCUUGAUUCUAGGAUACAAGUCAAGAACUUUCUUAAUACCCUUUUCACAUGCAAUAAGGUUGACGAAGGUGAUAUCUUAUUCUUAAACACCGACUUUAAUCAAUUCUUCAAUACCCUUGAUAACUGA